UGCCAAGGCGCCCGCCGACCCGGAAGGAGCUGCGGAGAGCUGGGGCCGCGGCAGCCAUACCGCUUUGCAGAGCCGGCUCGGAGCGUGCAGUGCGGACGCGGAGCGGGGAGUCGCGUUCUCUGGAGCGGCAGGAGGCUUCUGUGGGGACCGGAGUCUAUGUGGUCAGCUGUGGAGAGGAUUGUGGCUCAACUGAGUGUGAGAGACCGGUAAGAUCUGGACAUGUCCUUCAUAUUUGACUGGAUUUACAGUGGGUUCAGCAGUGUGCUGCAGUUCCUAGGGUUGUAUAAAAAAACCGGUAAACUGGUAUUCCUUGGGCUGGACAAUGCGGGGAAAACGACGUUGCUGCACAUGCUCAAAGAUGACAGGCUUGGCCAGCACGUCCCGACACUGCAUCCCACUUCAGAAGAACUCACUAUUGCUGGCAUGACUUUUACGACUUUUGAUCUGGGUGGGCACAUCCAAGCCCGAAGAGUAUGGAAAAACUACCUUCCUGCUAUCAACGGCAUCGUAUUUCUUGUGGAUUGUGCAGACCAUGAAAGGCUGUUAGAAUCAAAAGAAGAACUUGAUUCACUGAUGACAGACGAAACCAUUGCCAAUGUGCCUAUACUAAUUCUUGGAAAUAAGAUCGACAGACCCGAAGCCAUCAGUGAAGAGAGGUUACGAGAGAUGUUCGGCUUAUAUGGGCAGACAACGGGAAAGGGCAGUGUGUCGCUGAAGGAGCUGAACGCCAGGCCUCUGGAAGUGUUCAUGUGCAGUGUGCUGAAAAGACAAGGCUAUGGAGAAGGCUUCCGCUGGAUGGCCCAGUACAUCGAUUAGCAGCCUUCCUGCCCACUCACAUCCAGGCCUCUGAGAUCCAUCCCCCAACAUGCAUAACUUGAAUUCAAUAGACUUUUGUUGGUUUCAGAAUAGGAGUUUUUUAGAUUAUUAAUAUAUCUACCUGAGUGGGAAUUGCAAACCGAUUCAAGUUUGAAUAUCACAAUGUUAGCUUUCUAAUUCCAUACAGAUAGUUUUUACAGUUUACAGCCCCACAUCAACCCCGUCACCGUUUAUAAAGAUCAGCUUCCCAGCGGUACAUUUGAAGCACUUUUUAACGAUGUGAAACUACAAAUAUAAACCAUAUUUAAAAGCUCAUCAUGUGAAACUUUUAUGUACUUUUUGGAAAUAGUUUUUCAAUUUUAGAUUGUCUGCCUAUCUUAUGUACAGUUAAAAUCCGCUUAUCAGUGAUUGCAUGAUGCCUUACCGUUUUCAAGACUACUUUUUCUUAUGCAAACGUCAUGCAAUAAAACAAACUCCAACGUU